AUGGCACAAGAAACAGUUGAUUUGUGUUGCAACAUAAACUUUGAAAUUGAUAUACAUCCACUUGUGAUAGUCUAAAUAUUAGACUUGCAUUACAGAAAAUUUGGUGCUUCAAGAUAAGAGGAGACAAUAGUUGGUGGUGCAUUAUUAGGAACAGUCUAUACUAAUAAGGUUCAUAUAACUGAAUGUUUUGCUCUAUUAGUAGACCCAGGUGAUGAAACUAAUGUAUUUUUUUGCAUCAAUCUUUUAGGAGUAUACAUUUGAUUUUAGUGAUGCAAAAGAUUUAUACUUAAGUCAUUUAUAAGCAAAUCCACAAGAAGUCUUAUUAGGAGGAUUUGUUACAACCAAAAAUUUAUCAUUAGACAUAGGUGUUGCUUAUCUUUCAACUGAAUUUAGUAAAAAGGAGAAUGGAUUCAAUGCUACUGCAGUAUUAGGUUAACCUAUAAUUCUUAAAAUUAAUCCAACAUUAAAUACUAAUAAGAUAGAAAUGAAAGUACUUUCACUAAAAUAGCUAGGCUUUUAAAUUGAAUCAAUCCUUAAAGCACUACGCAGCAGUGGCAUCCUUUAAUACAAUGCCAAUAAAGAUUUCAUUUUCAGAUGAAAAUUUAUUAUAAGCUUGGCCAUUUUUAGCACCUAAUUUAUAAUAAAAGGAUUUCAAAAUUGUAAAUACAUCAAAUCCAUCAUAACUAGUCUAAGAAAAUAUCAAAAAUAUAGAAAAAAUACUUUCUUAUUUAGAAAAAGUUAUUGUAAGAAAAUCUAUAAUCUUAGGCUGGAAAUGAACCUGGUGAUUAAGAAUUUGGUAGAAAACUCUUAUCUACAUUGAAUCAAAUAGAUUUGAUAAGAAGUGAGUCAGAAGUUGUAUUUAGUCAAGUUGAGGAAGCAUAAUUAUUUUAAUACAUUGGAAAUUUUGCUUAAGGUUAAGCAUUUAUUAAUGAAAAAUUGUAAAAAAUAUGA